AUGGCACAGGCACUGCUGGUACCACCAGGACCUGAAAGCUUCCGCUAUUUUACUAGAGAUUCUCUCGCAGCUAUUGAAAAGCGUUCUGCAGAAGAAAAAGCUAAAAAGCCCAAGCAAGAACAUACAGAUGAUGAUGAUGAAAAUGGUCCAAAACCAAACAGUGACUUGGAGGCAGGAAAGACACUGCCAUUUAUUUAUGGUGACAUACCUCCAGGAAUGGUAUCAGAACCUUUGGAAGACCUGGACCCAUAUUAUAUCAAUAAAAAAACUUUCAUAGUAUUGAAUAAGGGAAAGGCAAUUUUCCGAUUCAGUGCCACAUCUGCCUUGUACAUUUUAACUCCUUUUAAUCCCAUCAGAAAAAUUGCUAUCAAGAUUUUGGUACAUUCAUUAUUCAGCAUGCUUAUCAUGUGCACUAUUUUGACCAACUGUGUAUUCAUGACCAUGAGUAACCCUCCAGACUGGACAAAGAAUGUAGAGUACACUUUCACUGGAAUUUACACCUUUGAAUCACUUAUCAAAAUUCUUGCAAGGGGCUUCUGCUUAGAAGGUUUUACUUUUCUGCGAGACCCAUGGAACUGGCUUGACUUCAGUGUCAUUUUAAUGGCGUAUGUAACAGAAUUUGUAAACCUAGGCAAUGUUUCAGCUCUUCGAACUUUCAGAGUAUUGAGAGCUUUGAAAACUAUUUCUGUAAUCCCAGGCCUAAAGACUAUUGUAGGAGCCCUAAUUCAGUCUGUGAAGAAGCUCUCAGAUGUAAUGAUCCUGACUGUGUUUUGUCUGAGUGUAUUUGCACUAAUAGGGCUGCAGCUGUUCAUGGGCAACUUGAGGAAUAAAUGCCUGCAGUGGCCUCCAGACAACUCUACUUUUGAAAUAAAUGUUAUUUCCUACUUUAACAGCACAAUAGAUGAAAAUGGUACAUUUGUUAAUAUGACAGUGAGCACAUUUAACUGGAAGGAUUACAUUGAGGAUGAAACUCACUUUUACAUUUUGGAAGGACAAAGAGAUGCCCUACUUUGUGGUAAUAGCUCUGAUGCGGGGCAGUGUCCAGAGGGAUAUAUAUGUGUAAAAGCUGGUAGAAAUCCCAACUAUGGUUACACGAGUUUUGACACCUUCAGUUGGGCUUUUUUGUCACUCUUUCGUCUAAUGACUCAGGACUUCUGGGAAAACCUGUAUCAGUUGACACUACGUGCUGCUGGAAAAACAUAUAUGAUAUUUUUUGUUCUGGUGAUUUUUCUUGGCUCUUUCUACCUUAUCAACUUGAUCCUGGCUGUGGUUGCCAUGGCCUACGAAGAACAGAAUCAAGCAACCAUGGAAGAAGCAGAGCAGAAAGAGGCAGAAUUUCAGCAGAUGCUAGAACAACUGAAGAAGCAACAAGAAGAAGCUCAGGCAACAGCAGCAGUAGCAGCCGCGUCAGUUGCAUCAAGAGAUUUCAGUGGUGUUGGGGGAUUAGGAGAACUCUUGGAAAGUUCUUCAGAAGCAUCAAAGUUGAGCUCAAAAAGUGCUAAAGAAAGAAGAAACAGAAGGAAGAAAAGAAGACAGAAAGAAAUGUCUGAGGCAGAGGACAAAGGAGAUAUUGAUAAGUUCCCCAAGUCUGAGUCAGAAGACAGUAUCAGAAGGAAAAGUUUCCGCUUCUCCGCAGAAGGAAGUCAACUGACAUAUGAAAAAAGAUUCACAUCUCCACACCAGUCUUUACUGAGCAUUCGUGGUUCCCUGUUCUCACCAAGGCGCAACAGCAAAACAAGCAUUUUUAGUUUCAGAGGUAGAGCAAAGGAUGUAGGAUCUGAAAAUGACUUUGCUGAUGAUGAGCACAGCACUCUUGAAGACAAUGAGAGCAGAAGAGAUUCUCUUUUUGUUCCAAAUCGACACGGGGAACGACGCAACAGUAACAUUAGUCAGGCAAGUGUGUCAUCUAGAAUGAUACCAGCUCUUCCAGUAAAUGGCAAGAUGCACAGCACUGUGGAUUGUAAUGGUGUAGUUUCCUUGGUUGGAGGACCUUCAACUCUAACUUCACCUACUGGCCAGCUUAUACCAGAGGUAACUAUAAGUAAACCAGUCUUUGAUAUAAUUUGGUUCAGACAUGGAAUUGGCACCACUACGGAAACAGAAAUAAGAAAAAGAAGACUGAGUUCUUAUCAAAUUUCCAUGGAAAUGCUGGAAGAUUCUGCUGCAAGACAAAGAGCAAUGAGUAUAGCCAGCAUACUUACAAAUACAAUGGAAGAGCUUGAAGAAUCCAGGCAGAAGUGCCCACCGUGCUGGUACAGAUUUGCAAAUACUUUCUUGAUCUGGGAUUGCUGGAGUCCGUGGUUAAAAGUAAAACACAUUGUCAAUUUAGUUGUGAUGGAUCCAUUUGUUGAUCUUGCUAUAACAAUUUGCAUUGUUUUAAACACCUUGUUUAUGGCCAUGGAACAUUACCCAAUGACAGAACAGUUUAGCAGUGUCCUUUCUGUGGGGAACCUGGUAUUCACAGGGAUAUUUACAGCAGAAAUGGUACUAAAGAUAAUUGCCAUGGACCCUUAUUAUUAUUUCCAAGAAGGCUGGAAUAUUUUUGAUGGCAUUAUAGUUAGCCUUAGCUUAAUGGAGCUUGGUCUUGCAAAUGUUGAAGGAUUAUCUGUUCUUCGGUCAUUCCGAUUGCUCCGAGUUUUUAAGUUAGCAAAAUCUUGGCCAACUCUAAAUAUGCUGAUUAAGAUUAUUGGCAAUUCCGUGGGGGCUCUGGGGAAUCUGACUCUGGUGCUGGCCAUCAUUGUGUUCAUUUUUGCUGUGGUUGGGAUGCAGCUGUUUGGGAAGAGCUACAAGGAAUGUGUCUGCAAGAUCUCCAGUGACUGUGUGCUUCCACGCUGGCACAUGCACGACUUUUUUCACUCUUUCCUGAUUGUAUUCCGAGUGCUGUGUGGAGAAUGGAUAGAAACGAUGUGGGACUGCAUGGAGGUUGCAGGCCAAACCAUGUGCCUUAUUGUAUUCAUGCUGGUCAUGGUGAUUGGAAACCUAGUGGUAUUGAACCUAUUUCUGGCCUUGCUGCUGAGCUCAUUUAGUUCAGACAACCUUGCUGCUACAGAUGAUGAUAAUGAAAUGAACAAUCUACAAAUUGCUGUGGCAAGGAUACAGAAGGGAAUAGAUUAUGUUAAAAAAAAGAUACGGGAAUUCAUCCAAAAAGCCUUUGUUAGAAAGCAAAAAGCUUUAGAGGAAAUCAAAGCACUUGAAGAGCUAAAUAACAAGAAAGACAGCUGCAUUUCCAAUCAUACUGCUGUUGAAAUAAGCAAAGAUCUGAAUUGUCUUAAAGACGGGAAUGGAACGACCAGUGGUGUAGGCACGGGUAGCAGUGUGGAAAAAUAUGUUAUUGAUGAAAAUGAUUAUAUGUCGUUCAUAAACAACCCAGGCCUCACUGUGACAGUGCCAAUUGCAGUUGGAGAAUCAGAUUUUGAAAAUUUAAACACAGAAGAAUUUAGCAGUGAAUCUGAUAUGGAAGAAAGCAAACAGAAACUAAAUGCAUCCAGUUCAUCAGAAGGCAGCACAGUUGAUAUUGCUCCUCCAGGAGAGGGCGAGCAAGCAGAAAUUGAAAGUGAAGAAGCUCUUGAACCAGAAGCCUGUUUUACGGAAGGUUGUGUGCAGAAAUUUCCAUGCUGUCAAGUAAGUAUAGAGGAUGGCAAAGGAAAAAUUUGGUGGAACCUUAGAAAAACCUGUUACAGCAUAGUUGAGCACAACUGGUUUGAGACUUUCAUUGUCUUCAUGAUUCUCCUCAGCAGUGGAGCACUAGCUUUUGAAGACAUAUAUAUUGAGCAGCGCAAAACUAUCAAGACCAUGCUGGAAUAUGCUGACAAAGUUUUUACAUAUAUUUUCAUUUUGGAAAUGCUUUUGAAAUGGGUAGCAUAUGGCUUUCAAAUAUAUUUUACUAAUGCCUGGUGCUGGCUGGACUUCCUGAUUGUUGAUGUCUCAUUGGUUAGUUUAAUAGCCAAUGCUUUGGGCUAUUCUGAACUUGGUGCCAUUAAAUCGCUUCGGACAUUAAGAGCUUUAAGACCUUUAAGAGCCUUGUCACGAUUUGAAGGAAUGAGGGUGGUUGUAAAUGCCCUUGUAGGAGCAAUUCCAUCUAUCAUGAAUGUAUUGCUGGUUUGUCUUAUAUUCUGGCUCAUCUUCAGCAUCAUGGGAGUAAAUCUGUUUGCUGGAAAAUUCUAUCACUGUGUCAAUACCACAACUGGUGAGAUGUUUGAUGUCAGUGAUGUCAACAAUUAUACUCAGUGUGAGGAACUCAUAAAAAACAAUCAAAGUGCCCGAUGGAAAAACGUGAAAGUAAACUUUGAUAAUGUAGGAGCUGGAUAUCUUGCUCUGCUUCAAGUAGCUACUUUCAAAGGAUGGAUGGAUAUAAUGUAUGCUGCUGUUGAUUCACGUGAUGUAAAAGAUCAACCUAAGUAUGAGGACAACUUGUAUAUGUAUCUUUAUUUUGUCAUCUUUAUCAUAUUUGGAUCAUUCUUUACAUUGAACCUUUUCAUUGGUGUCAUUAUAGACAACUUCAACCAACAAAAAAAGAAGUUCGGAGGUCAGGACAUAUUUAUGACAGAAGAACAGAAGAAAUAUUACAACGCAAUGAAAAAAUUGGGAUCCAAAAAGCCACAGAAACCUAUACCGAGGCCAGUGAACAAAUUCCAAGGCAUGGUCUUUGAUUUUGUAACCAAACAAGUAUUUGACAUCAGCAUUAUGAUACUCAUCUGCCUUAACAUGGUCACAAUGAUGGUAGAAACAGAUGACCAGAGUAAAGAAAUGGAAACAAUUUUAUCCCGGAUUAACCUUGUGUUCAUUAUUCUUUUCACUGGAGAAUGUGUCCUGAAAUUGGUUUCACUUCGCCAUUAUUAUUUCACUAUAGGCUGGAAUAUUUUUGAUUUCGUGGUUGUGAUUCUUUCCAUAGUAGGUAUGUUCUUAGCUGAGAUGAUUGAGAAAUAUUUUGUGUCCCCCACACUAUUCAGAGUCAUUCGACUGGCCAGAAUUGGUCGAAUCCUGCGUCUCAUUAAAGGCGCUAAGGGAAUCCGCACUCUGCUUUUUGCUCUGAUGAUGUCUCUUCCUGCUUUGUUCAACAUUGGCCUGCUGCUCUUCCUGGUCAUGUUUAUCUAUGCGAUAUUUGGCAUGUCCAACUUUGCCUAUGUGAAGAGGGAAGUUGGGAUUGAUGACAUGUUCAAUUUUGAAACGUUUGGCAACAGCAUGAUCUGCCUAUUUCAAAUUACCACGUCUGCUGGCUGGGAUGGUUUGCUCGCCCCAAUUCUUAACAGUGGGGAGCCAGACUGUGACCCCCAUAAAGAUCAUCCAGGGAGCUCUGUGAAAGGUGACUGUGGCAACCCUUCCGUUGGGAUUUUCUUCUUUGUCAGCUACAUUAUCAUAUCAUUCCUGGUGGUGGUGAACAUGUACAUUGCUGUGAUUUUGGAGAACUUCAGUGUUGCUACUGAAGAAAGUGCUGAACCCUUGAGUGAGGAUGACUUUGAGAUGUUCUAUGAAGUCUGGGAGAAGUUUGAUCCCGACGCAACACAAUUCAUAGAAUACAGUAAACUAUCAGAUUUUGCAGCUUCGUUAGAUCCUCCUCUUCUUAUAGCCAAACCAAACAAAGUCCAGCUUAUUGCAAUGGAUCUGCCCAUGGUAAGCGGUGACAGAAUUCACUGCCUUGACAUCUUGUUUGCUUUCACAAAGCGUGUUUUGGGGGAAAGUGGGGAGAUGGACGCCCUCAGAAUACAGAUGGAAGAUCGGUUUAUGGCAGCCAAUCCUUCCAAAGUCUCCUAUGAACCAAUUACAACCACAUUAAAACGAAAACAGGAAGAAGUAUCUGCUGUCAUCAUUCAGCGUGCUUACAGACGUCACCUUUUAAGGCAAAAAGUUAAAAAGGUGUCUAGUAUAUAUAAUAGAAAUAAAAACAAAGAAGGAGAUGGACCAGUUAUAAAAGAGAUAAUUAUUGAUAAACUAAAUGGGAACUCCACCCCAGAAAAAACAGAUGAGAGUUCGUCUACAACGUCUCCACCUUCAUAUGACAGUGUAACAAAGCCAGACAAAGAAAAAUAUGAGAAAGAUAAAGCAGAAAAGAACUACAAAGGUAAAGAUGUCAGGGAAAAUAAAAAAUAA